AUGGCGAAUAGAAAACUACAAAAGGACAUAGAUAUUAUUUUCAAACGAAUCCAAGAGGGUUUACAAGAUUUCAACUACCAUUAUGAAAGGUAUGAAAGUCUAACGAAUACCGAGGAUGAUUCAGAUAAUCAAAGAGAGAAAGAGAAACUAGCAAAUGAUUUAAAAAAGGAGAUAAAGAAACUACAGAAGUUUCGAGAACAGAUUAAACAUUGGCUACUGAAUGAUGCCGUUAAUACAUUGGGACCAGUGGGGACUUCAUACAGUGCCAAGCUUUCUGAAAACAAAAGCACGAUUGAAGAUGCAAUGGAAACUUACAAACUCGUUGAAAAACAGACAAAAUUGAAGUCGUUUUCGAAUCAGUCGAUCAUGAUGGCAUUUGCCGAUAAUGAAAAUGGAGAGGAGGAAGAAGAUGAAAGUGAAGAUGAAGAAAGUAGUGAAGAAGAAGAUGAAAGUCUAUAUGAUGAGUUGUCAGAGGAAGCAGUAGACUUGAUUAGAUAUUUCAAAGACUCGAUAUCGCAACUCAAGGAACAAACAGAUAAGUAUACUCAUGAAUAUGAAAAGUUGGCGUCAAAAAAGUUGCGAAAGAAUAACCUUGCCACGAUUGAGGCCAAAAAAGAGAAAAUACAAGCCACGGUUUCAAAUAACAAAUUUCAUCAGAAAAAGUUGCGUAAGUUGAUCAAACAGCUAAAGAAUGGUAUGGUUACCGAUUUCAACCUUAUUUUCGCAUUGAAGGGUGAUUUGGAAGAUUAUUUGGACAAGCACGGAGAUACUGAUUUCACUAAAGAUACUGAGUUGUACGAUGACAUAUUCAACCAAAUCUCAGCUACAGAUGAAGAUUAUUCGGAAAUUCAUGAAGACACUUCAACAGUAGCAACAUCUGUUGAUAGUGCUAGCGUAGUGAAAAAUGGUCAUGUUGAGAAAAAAUCAAAAUCGCCAACACCACCAAAGAUGUCGAGCCGAAGCUCAAGUGAACAACCUAGUUAUAGCCAACAACACCAGCAGCAGAACCAGAUCCAUCAUUCACAGCAGCUACCUAAAGCCAACCAGGCUCAUGCGACACAUUCCAAUGAUAAUGCAGAGCAUCGACACGUUUCACAGACACAUUCUGUUACCCAUUCCACUGCGCAAGCUUCAAAUCAUGUACCAACUACUCAACAAAGUCCAGAAAUGGCAUCACCAGCUAUUGUCAGAACAUUGAGACCAGCAACAACGCCUUCAAAGCCAGUUGGUGGACUCAAAUGGUCUGCUGCAGCAGCAGUUGGCUUACCUGAAACACCAGAAAAACCGGCCCUUCAAGAUGAAGUGUCCGAGUUGAACUCAAUAAAGCCUGAAUCAAACAUACCUUUCAAGCCAUUGGAACUUGAGGAUAUUGAUCUAGAGAAAUACAAGACAGUGAUUUCCAAUUCCCCCUUAUCCAAAACAGAACGUAAUUUGUUUUCCAAUAUGGAUUUGGUUCGUGCACCACCUGGAAUCCAAGAUUUGGUGAUAUCAUUUGCUUCAAAGCGAAAUAAUGAAGAAUUCAAGAUUCUUAUUGACUCAACAGAAUUCAAUCAAUUUACUUCACCAAUUUACAAACCAUAUUUACCUAAAAGUGUUCAACCAAAUUAUUAUUCACAAUUUACAAAUUUCAGCUUUAAACAUCCAACCCAAUUGAGCAAGUUUCAAUCUCAUUGGAAUAAAAUCAGAGCUUAUUAUGGAUUCAAGAGCUUGACUGAUGAGAUCAAGAACUUGUCGCCGCGAGAUAUUUCUGAGUCCUCGGCGUUAGUAACGGAGUUGACGUUUGUUUUGUUCUAUGGAUAUUACUAUGGGUUAACACCAGCUGAAAACUUGAUUGCCGAGAGUUGCUUAUUUGAAAUUGGUUGGAAACCAUACAAGAGCCAAUUUGAAUCUAACAAUAGAAGCCCCUCACCAUUUGGUGACGCUUCUACUGAUAAAAAACAGGGACAAGGACAAACUCUAUAUUGGUUCAAGAGAUUGAAGCUUAUAUCGAAUGACCCAACAGAUGGACAACACGCAACAAUUGAAUUUGGUGAUUACCAAGUAUUUGAUUUAAACUUUUGGGAAAUAUUUGUGAAAUAUGGAUUCAAGUUUGAGUAUAACUUGUGUCAAAUGGAACCAUCAAGGACAUUAUUCUAG